AUGGCUGGCAUGGCAGCUCCGGUGACGCCAAGCUUCUCGUCGGGAGAUGCCAAGGUUGAGGAAGAAAGCCCUGACCAGAAGACUUUGAUGUUGCCACCAGCGAACGAGACCGGGAUCAAAGUCCAGCUGGACUUCGACAAAGGCCACCUUGACAUGCUUAUGUCCUCGGCUGCGGCUGUCAGCGUGGAGGAUUUCUACAAUGUCAGCUAUGAGUUGGGAAAAGCCUUGUUGGUGAAACAUGGCGGGCCCAGGCAGUACCUGCUUGCUCAGUUCCCACACGACAUCUCCAGCGCUGGCUUUGUGGAAGGGCUCCGGAAACAAUUCGACUACUCUCGAUUGGAUGUGUCCUUUGCAAAGUGUGUUCCAGACAACGACACGCAGAUCUUUCAGGUGCACCUUUGGGAUCUCAGUUGGUUUCCCGAAGCUUCCACGAAGCCAGCGCCGUUUUUGACAACAUCGUUGCAGCUUCUUGAUGAGUACUUAAAGAACAACUUCCUGACGGAAGGCAUCCCAGCUGCAGACAUGAUGCUGCUGUGCUCGUAUUCUUGCGAGCCUCUCAGUUUGUGGGCGGGCCCGGUUCCGCCUGGCCGGGACUAUGCUUGGACUUCCUUCGUGAAGGGAGCCUGCCGCUCCUGCGUUGCUCUCUUCCUUGCUGCGAUGAGUUUGGAAUUCAAGUGGGACUUGAAUGUCUUCAAGCCGGCGUUGCAAGGCAGCCUGGAGGUUAUCCACUGCAGGCGUGGGACCAUGAGCACGGACAUCACCCACGUCGCGUUUGAGAAUGCCAAGCUGUCAGCACGUGGCGCAAUUAGGCAGGCGCACGACGUUCCAACUUGGCUCAGUAAGCUGGCUCUGCUGCAAAGCAAGGGGCUGAAAGCCGACGCCGUCAUCAAGGCCUGGAACGACGUAGCCACGCGCGACUCCCAGAUCACAGGGCAGAAGCGCGUAGCGUUGCUUCAACUUCUUGCCUCGCCGCUGGAGCUGUGCCAGCUGCUCAUCAAGCACGCCUCAGAGUUUGGUCAGAAAGGUGCGUUCUCGGAGGAGUGUUUCGCCAACAAGGCCCUGCAGGAUGCCGUGCUGGAGGCAUCGCACAUGGCCCAGCUCGUGUUGGCGCUGGAAGCUGAUCUGGCCGACGACGGAGUAAUUACGAGGAGAUUGAGUGAGGGCUUGCUGGCUGGAGAUGAGAACCUCCAGAUGGAGCUGCAGCUUGCCUUGACAGAGAGAUCUACCAAGUUCCAAGCCGCGCAGAUCACACUGGUAGGCAGCGUGCUGAAGAAGCACCACGCCUCAAACGCUGACAAGUUCAAGCAGGAGACCGAGAAGAAAGCCAUCGCCGCUGGUGAGUUGGAGAAGGAGGAGUAUGAGUUGAUGAAGGCCCAGGUCUUGCACGACAUCCGGGCCUACGGCGCUUGGAUCUCGAAGCUUGCGGACAAUGAGUCCUCCUUGUAUCAUGCAGAUUUGACCCAUAGAACGGCCAGGCAGACCGAGGCCAUGCGACAGGCCAAGGCGAUGUUUAACGAGCAGGAUGUGGCAUGGUUUGGGUGCCUGUGCAGUCCGAACAGUGCUAGCGGUUGCAUGCAGCGAAUCACGAAGGUGCUGGGCAAGAUGUCCGCCUUGUACAAGGUUUCGCAACGCGACAUCUACAUUGUGCCCAUCCUCAACUGGACAUCUCCUUCUAUGAUUUCAUCGGAACACCAGCGUGCUCAGGCGGCCGUCCUAGGUGCCCUCGUCAACGGGGAUCACGCGGGCCGUUGCCUCGGAGUUUACCUCUGCCCUGCACACUGCUACACGAGGGGAGCUUUGUACAAACAGGAGAAAACUUCCAUGGAGCUUCUCGCGAAUUCGCAGUGUGACGUCGAUUGCACGUUCUGCCUGCCGCUGGGGGACCGUGCGGACGAGAGAGACCAGCGAUGCUUGGUUCGGCAUGGCAGGGUUGUGUUCCCCCUUCUGGGCGACCAUCCCCACGCCUCUACGCUUGCUGAGUGGAAGAACUCGCCAAUCCUGAGCAAGGGCUUGCUGCAGGAGGCGGACGUGGUCACAUCAAAGACCUUCAAGGUGAUCGAAGACACGUCGGAAAACGCAUUGCCUGGCAGCACCUCACUCACCCACACAGUGAAUGCCGCUGAAAAGUGGGCCCAGCUGGGUGAAUCAGCCUACAGGUCGAUCCUGCGUGGUGUGCUCACAGGCAUUGCGGACAAGACCCCCAAGUCAUGUGUUCUGAUAGUCGAUCUUUGGGCCCACACGAGUGACGCUGGCAUUGCAGCCGUGGCUGAACACUUCCUCCAGAGCGGGGCCCAUUGCAACUUGCACUACGUGGGCUUCCACACAGAUGAACAGGAGGUGGACUGGGCGGAGCAGUACUUGCACGAGGAGAUCAGGGACCGCUUCUUGGGCGGCACGUUCAAGCCUCCGAUCGCCUUGCCUGAAAGGACUGCGAAAAGCGACGAUGCCCCGCCCGCCCCCUCGCUGUCAUUGCUGGCCUACUCGAAUGUGAAAACAGGUGGACAGAAGACCAUGGCCACACCCAAAUCCCUCCUGGCGAAGUGGCACGAUCACUCCAUCUUCGCCAACGAUUUCCGAAAGUUCUUGGCAGACCUCCGUGAGCAGCAUGCGCUGGAUAUCGCUCCCAGCGUGAGUCCCAAGAAGAAUGGUGGUGGGGAUGGUGCUGAGGCGUCGGAGCCUGCCAAGAAACGUCGCAGGGGAGCAGGUGGUGAGGCUGUUCCUGGUAUGCCGCCCAAGGAAGAUGCUGAAGAGCUGGAGUCAGCCAUCGUGGAGUUGGACGCCAUCCCGACCAUCCUGACAGAAGCAGUUUGCAUGGUCAAGCAGAAGACUGUGCUUGCUGUGACGGUAGGGCAUGGAGCUUUCCUCAUCAACCGUGAGGACUCGCCAAUAGCCAUCCCAGUGGGCACCACCCUAGGCGGCUACUGGAAAGGCACUUUCCGGAAUUUGGACUUCAAGACGGAGACGAAGCCGGGAAGUGCAGAGGUGGCAUUCCAGCUCUCAUCUUGCGAGGAUCAUGUCUUCAUUGGCUCGAAGUGGCUGGAGCUCCAGGAGGUCAUGAAUUCCAAAAGGCUUCUGUCCCCGACAGACGCACACGUGGCAUACCACAAGCUCAUAGAUGCACCUACCUCUGACCGCCCGGCCGGAUUCACGGUGAAGCCGUUGGACAGGAUUUGUGUGCUUUUCAAAGCGGAAACCCCCGCAAAGUCUGAGGGCGCUGAUGCGGAUGCCACCGCAACUGUCCCUGCAUCGCACAUUUGCGGGUCCCUUCCAAGCGAGAAAUGGAGCGCAUCGACGUUUCUGGACUUCUGCUGGCAUGUGAAAUGGCCGGCUGUAGCCUCGAAGGGGCUCCAACCCAUCAGGCCAGUUCUUGUUGCUUCGAGGCCCUUGCAGAUCCCUGCCAAGAAAGCACUCAAAGUUGUUCCGCCAGAGGCGGCCUAG